AUGAGAUAACAACAGGAAGUUAACUGCUGCAUCAAGAGAAGUGUGUAUGCUGAGGAUAAGAAGUAAUUAAACGUGCUCGAAGGGAUGCAAAUAUUAAUCUGUGGAAAUUAGGGAAGUUCUUGCAGUCGAACAGAUGAGUUUGCGAGCUUUAUGGAUUAUUUUUUAUGAUAAAGGAGAAAAUGCAUCAGUGCGGUUUUCAAGGAGGUUUUCCACUGUGGAACACCGCGCUAAAAUUAUGGCAGGUUCCUCCUACGUAGCCGUCCCAGAGGACAGAAUCCUCCUAAAGCUCCUGCUCACUGAGCUGGGCCUUUCCAGUCCUAACAAGCCUUACGUCGCUGACAGAGAUGAUUGCCUUUACCGUCCACGUUCACCAGCUGUGGAGCUGCGUUUGAAUGGAAAGGCAACAUUGUGGCCUGUGCUGGCCAUCUCUCAGGGUCCACUCAUCCUGGCUUGCCUCCCAUUAGUGGAUAUCCCCUCCGAGCCGCGACCACCUCUGGCCAGCCUGCUGUCAGUGUCUCAGGGUCUCACAUUUCUAGCUGGCCUCCAGACCUUUGUGCUAGGGUCAGGGGGGAAGCUUGACAGGGAGGGGCUGGACUCUCGUGUGGCAAUGCUGCCACCUCUCCUCUUGCAGGUGUGUCCUCUUGGCACACCUCUUGAUACUAUACCACUGGCGGGAACACCUACUGCACCCACGGCGCCCACAUCUACGGUCACCCAGAAGCAGCCAGCCUGGAAGACGGGUCUAUAUCGGGGUCGAGCCUCUGUGAAUGUGGCUGUGGUUGAAACAGUGCGCUCCAUGCAGUAUGGGAACCAGAGCAGACAGGAUACGUGGGAUGUUUACGGGACAGUGACCUGCAAGUGUGAAGUAGAGGGGGUGCUGCCGAACGUCACUGUGACCCUCACACUGCCACCCAACGGUUCUCCACUGCAGGACAUCCUGGUCCAUCCCUGCGUGACCUCUCUGGACUCUAGUAUUCUGACCACCAGCAGUGUUGAUGGUGCAGACGGCUCUGCUUUCUCUGGGCCGUACAAGUUUCCCUUUUCUCCUCCUCUGGAGCCAUUUAGACUUUGCAGCUACACUUCACAGGUCCCUGUUCCUCCCAUCCUUGGCUCAUAUCAGCUGAAGGCAGAGGAGAAUAACCUUCGCGUGAGUGUGUCCCUCAAGCUCCACGAGUCUGUGAAAAACAGCUUUGAGUACUGCGAAGCACACCUGCCGUUCUUCAACAGAAAUCAGAUGGCUGUGGCGGAUGUGAAAGUGAGCUCCGGGCAGUUAGACGUGUCUAAAGAGAAGAAUCUGUUGGUCUGGGCUCUAGGUCAAAAGUUUCCAAAGUCUCGUGAGGUUACAUUGGAUGGCAAAAUAACUUUUUCUGGAUCCUCACGUGGACCUUCUGACCCUCUCUGCACUGGACUUACUGCCUACAUUAAGUUGUACUUAAGGGUGCCAGACACGACUCUGUCCGGAUGCUGUGUUGACCAGCACUCAGUGCAAGUUUAUUCAUCUGCAAAACCAAGGAUUUCCACGUCCCGAGAACUUCAGUCCAAAGAGUACUACAUCUGGAAUUCAACUGGCUCAGCCCCCGUGUCCACCGGACAGAUGGUGAUCUAGCAUAGAUCCAUCAUGGGCGGAUGCACAGUGCACUGUCGAGACUGAAAACCAAGUCCAGCUGAAAUGAACGCAUAUUACUAUAAACAAUGAUUUAUUGAAUUUAUUUUGUAUAGCUCCAAUAACAAGUUUACAAAUACUCAUUAUAGGCAUGAAUUUCAUAUGAAGCUCUUUUUUUAGGAAAGAUUUUUGAUACAACAACUAAAAUAAAGCAAAAUACUGAGUUUGAAUUUAAAUUGGAUUUUCUAUCAUUUUCAGUUAAACAUACACACUCGAAUAUAUGCACACACCACUAAUAGUUGGGUCAAAGUCCCUGGAACCACAUACUUUUUGUAGCCAUCAGAAGUUUGGCUACUUUGUAGCCAACGUAAGGCUAUAAAAGUAGCAGUACUUUUGGUGAAUGGCUAAAGUAAGAGUUUGAUUUGCCUUUAACUUGCUAAGGAACAUUUAUGUUACUACUGGAUGUGUGGGUGUAUCUAUUCUUUUGAGCCUGUGUGGAGUGGAGAAAAUCCAAAAUCAAUUCAAACUUGUGCAUCUAAUGUUUAUUUUUAAGAUUUAAGUUAUUUGUUGUUUUUCAUUCCCCAAACCUAAAACAGAAUGCAUAAUUAAAAUUAACAUUAUAUUCGGAAUAAUAACUGUAAUUUCUCCCAGCAUAGUAACUUGUUUCCUUUAAAACAAUAGAAAAAGUACAGCUACCCUUAUGGAGGUGGAACCCUUCUUGUUCUUCCACCCUUGACUUCCCAUCAGAUUUGCACACAAGGGCCACCCCUUGCUCCGACAGUCCCACUUGAGUGACUCUCCGUCAGCCGUAUAAUUAGCAGCUGGGGCCUUGUCAUCAGCUGCUGCAGGUCUGGAGAAGAAGCCGGCUGCGCUGUGAAAGCCCAAGCUGCCCUGGCCAGUGUCUGGGCCUCAAAAGGCUUCUCGUAGGAGCUGGCAGGACUCCUUACCCAUACCAAUCACUGCAUCCCCUCACCCCCCAUCUCCUUUUGACCCCUCAUCCUUGGCCUGUCAACUAGAGACUCGUUCAAACACACAACCUCUCCAAGCAGACUGAUUGAGCGUUGACCCUUUGGCCCUCUGAGACUUAAAAGCAGCCGGUCUCUUUCAGUGAACAGGACCUGCCUAAUUGGUAAAAAAGUCACAAGGAUGGUAAUGGUUGAGCUGGCCCUUGAGGUUGGAGAGGUGCUAUUUAAGACACAACUUCAAGCAUGUGAUUUGACCUUUUGUUUAUUUAACACAGUCGUUUGGGGAACCUUGCGAUUGAUUUUAGCAGGUUACAAAAAUCUUAGCCACUUUACUUCCUGUCAUGUUUUGGGGGCUAUGCAGCUUACUCUGAUAUUUCUUCUGAAAAUGUUACAUGUCAGUGCAUUAAGUUAAAUGAAAAAUCAGGCGAAGAAGGGGUUAAAUUCUCCACAUUUCCACGGCAGCCAGACUCCUCUGAGUGGCCUCAUUGUCUGCUGUUGGCCUCUUGUGCCCCUCACUGGUCCAAACGCUUCAUUCUCACGUGGAUUUCCACUCAGAAGGCUGACCAUGACCAAUCUUCUGUCAAUUGGAACCAAUUGCUCACACGGCAUCCUUCACCUUCUUUUUAUCUAGCGAUGCGGAGUGGCAGACACCGAGACCUCAUGUCUCUUCCCCCUCCAUGACAAUUUGGCUUUAAGGUUCAGUGUGUGUGGUUAGCGAACCGGAAAAGGAGAAGGUCUUUUUUUUUCCUUUUUGUGGAGGGUUGAGCCACUUUAAAUCUCCUCAGCAUCGCAAUAUGUGGCCCGUCUGGCUCCUUGAGUCUACAUGCGGCGGCUUCUUGCUGGCAGACUUUGCCUUAUUGAUUCAACAGUUUGCUGAGUAGUUCUCUUUAAUGUGUUGCUCCAUCCUCAGUGUCUAUGGUCCACCAGGACCUGUGAGUUGUUAAUUGCACCAUCUCUUAUAAUCAUCCAUUUAUUUUGUUACAGUUUCUUAGAAGGUGUCGAAACAUUUGCAGAGCCAAAAUCCAUUAGGUCAACAUAAAACUGUGAAAGCAAAGUUGGACUGUGCUGGUUAAAACGAUUAAGACUUCAUGCAAUAUGCAUCAUAUUUUGCUUAAAUGUUUCCCAUGUCAACAUAUUUGCUACACUGUUACUGUUUAGUACUUGUUUUUUUCUAUAUCUCUGCCAUACCAAAUGAAAAUGUUAUGACAAAACCUUAUUUCAAUCAAACAAGCAACAAGCCUUCCUUACUUUUUCACAUGUUGUCACAUUGUAACCACAAGCUUUGGUGUAUUUUACUGGGGUUUUAUGUGAUAAGUAGUGCACAAUUGUUAAGUGGAAGAAAACACUUUUUGAUAUCUUUCAAUUUCUUAUUUUUGCAUAUAAAAACCAGUAAAUGGUCUGAAUCUAUCUGAAUAUUAAGGUUAUGAAUGUUAGUCCUAAGCAGAGUUGCACUAUUAAUCUUUGUGGCAUUUUCUUCCCACUUCAACCUAUGUAAAGUAAUUUUAAUUAUAUAGCACAUUUUCAGGAACAAGGGAGUUCAAAGUACUUAUGCAAUGUCAUAUGUUGGUCUAUCACAUAAAGUCCCAUUUAAAUAUAUGCAACAUGACAAAAUAUAGAAAGAGGGAUGAACACUUGCCACUGUUUGGGCCUUUUCAACCCAAUAAUGAUGCCUUGUGGCAAAGAACAAUAAAAGCUCAUGUUGGAGUG